AUGUCUAGUUUGACAGAAUAUUCUGUUGUGAGCAAGCAAUGGGAAGCUACUGAAAAGACUCUUAGGGAUGGAAAGUCCUUUGCAAGAUUCAUCAGAAGAACAGCUUGCAGAACCAACUUCAGCUCUCAGAUGUUGGAUAAGAUGAUGUUCAUCAGGUUUUCCGUAGAGGUCGGAAAAGACAACCUUCCUCCACUAGAUCCAGAUGCCAAGUGUCUCAAAUCUGUAGUUUCUGCUUGGUACUCCCCAAAACAUUCCAACAUCUCAUCAAAUCCAUCUCCUCCCAACUCCAUGAGCACGGUGGAGUCAUUAGUUGACACAGUGAGACAGACCAGAUAUGGGUACACAGAAUCCCAUUGCCAAGACCAGAAGCAGGUGAUUGUUCAUCUGUUUGAAUGGUCCUGGGACUCUAUAGCCAGAGAAUGCGAGGAAGUGCUUGGUCCUAAAGGAUUCUGUGGUGUCCAAGUCUCUCCACCUGAGGAACAUAUCCAAGGUGGUCAAUGGUGGACUAGAUAUCAGCCAGUUUCCUACAAGCUUGAGUCAAGAUCUGGAAAUAGAGAUCAGUUUAUCAGCAUGGUUAACAGAUGUAAUGCUGUAGGAGUAAACAUUUAUGUUGAUGUUGUGGUCAACCACAUGACUGGACAUGGAGCUAGUGGACAUGGAACUGGAGGAUCCUCCUAUGAUGGUCCAAGCGAGAACUAUCCUGGAGUUCCUUUCUCAAGUUUGGACUUCCAUCAACCUUACUGCGAAAUCUCCAACUAUAAUGACCCAAAUAAUGUCAGAAACUGUUAUCUUGUAUCCAUGAAUGACCUUGAUGGUGGUAAAGACUACGUUCGAGGUAAGAUUGCAGACUACUUCAAAGACUGCAUUAACAUCGGAGUAAAGGGGUUCCGUGUUGACGCCAGUAAACAUAUGUGGCCUGGAGAUCUUGCUGCCAUCCAGGAGAGAACAGGAAAUCUGCCAAAUGGUCGUGCACCACUUUAUUUCCAUGAGGUUAUUGACAUGGGAGGCGAGGCAAUUAGUGCUAGCGAAUAUUUUGGUGUUGGAAAAACAACAGAGUUUAGAUAUGGUGUAAAGCUUGCUGAAUGUAUUAGAAAUGGAUUCUUCAAUUGUCUUGGAGGAAUUUAUGACCAGGCAUGGGGAAUGGCUGAUGGAUUUCAUGCUGUUGUUUUUGUGGACAAUAGCAACCAACGUGGACAUAGUGGCCCAGGUGGAGUGCUUACUGCAUCUGGACCUGGACACAAUGACUGGCAAUACAAAGUAGCCUCUGCCUUCAUGUUGGCUCAUGAUUAUGGGUUUAAGAGAGUAAUGUCUAGCUACUACUUUGAUGACUUUGACCAGGGACCACCAGAAGCCCAGCCUGGACCCCCAGGACAGACCUGCGGAAACGGUUGGACUUGUGAACAUAGGUGGAGUAGUAUUGUGAACAUGGUUAAGUUUGCCAAUGCAGUAGUUGGGACUGGAGUUGAAAACUGGCAGGCAGCUGGAGCAUCCCUGGGAUUCUCCAGAGGAAACAAAGGUUUUGUUGCUAUGGGUGAUCUGAACAAGGAGUACUAUACUGGCCUACCUGAUGGAGAGUACUGUGAUAUUAUUCAUGAUUGCCAGCAGAAAAUCCGGAUAAGUGGGGGCAAGGGAUACUUCAGCCCUGCUAAUCCUGAUGAUCCCGUUGUUGCUAUUUGUGUUGGAUGCUAAAUAAAGAAAAAAUAAAUUUAAAAA